GUCAAACGGUCAAGACGCGGAGCUCCGCCAAAAAUCCAGGGAGCGAGCGAGCGAUAGAGAGAGAGACUACAAGUCGCGCUUUGUGGAAAAAAUAUUACCCUAAAAUUAAUUGCAAAAGAAAAUCCGAAGAAUCCGAAAAAAAAACCCGAAAAAAAGCAAGUGCAGGCCCAGCGGAAUUGCCAAUUAUGGGCUAUCAGAGGCAGCCCUGGGAACUCUUCCAUUUUUUUUGAGUGUAAUGUGUGCAACGGUAUUCCUGCUUGAACCGUGUUUUUUUUUUUUUUUCGUUACGGGAGCAUGCCCAUAGCAUGUAGAUACUGCGUAGACCAGGCCAGCGGAUGAGGGCCCCUACGGACUUCAAUCUGAAUAGAAAUUUGGAGCCACCAGGCAAAUAAGAAUAACCUUGAAGGCUUCUUCUGGCCAAGGCUCCUCCUGUGCCUGUGCCUGUGUACUACAGGGGCUCUUUUGGAGGGCUCUCGCGUACAACAUGGCGUAUGGUCGAUGUGGUGAAAAGUAUAAAAAUAAUUAAACAUCUGUGCAUGUGCAUGUGCGUGUGCGGUGCGUGCGUGCGUGUGUGUAAGUGCCAAAUAAAAUAUUAAGCAAAUAAAUACGGGAAUCAGCAACUCGAAUCGACUCCCGACUUCCGACUCCCGAGUCCCGAGUCCCGGACUCCCGAUACCCGAUUCCCGAUUCCCGAUGACGCAUUCCAGAGAGUAGGGCAGAAGGUUAAAUUACACAGAACGUCAGAUUCGCCACCACACUUUCGGAGUGGUUAAGUCCGAAUUCGGUUACGUUAUUCGGACUCGGCGGAAUACGGAGUACGCAAGUUUGCCAGAUUAUAGGCGCAGCCGAGAGGCAGGCGUAGGAGAGCGGAGCGGAAACUAGAAAACAGCUAAAUCAGCCAACGGUACCUAGUCCCACAACCACCCCCACCACCACUCCCCCGCCCCCUCCCCCGACGACUACCAUAAAAGCACCAUAACAAAGUUGUUGUUGCCUCUGGAAUGCUGCGAAAAUGCGCAUAAAUACCGAGUGAAAAAAUACUAUACCACAAGCGAAAAUUGCCCUAAAAAUAAACCGAAAUCCUCUGGAAAGGAUUUGCCCAAAAAAAUCGAAGGAAACAAAAAUAUUUCAAAAAAUUAACUCAACCAGAAAAUGUUUCUAGCUCUUUGAGAAGGAGAGAGCGCGGGAGAGUGCCAGUCGAACGAGAGCGAGAGCGAGCUUCGGGAGAGGAGAGAGAGAGCUGCUCCGAGCAGCGUGGCGAAAUUCACCACGAUAAAAUACAACAAAAAAAGAGACAACAAAAAAUACUUUCACUCUCGCCAGAACGCGGCGGCGGGCGGCAGGCAAAGGCAGGAAGCGCAUAAACUGACAGACAGCGAAGAGAAAGAAGAAAAGGAAGAGGAAGAGGAAUAGGAAGGGAGAGACUAAGAAGCAGAAACAGAAGAAGAAGAAGAUUCAGCAGAAACAGUGCUGGAGAGAGUGAGAGAGGAACAGUGAGUGAAAACAAGGAACACAUCCGCAGUGCAAAGGGAAAACUUUUUGCAUGCCACAAGCAGCAGCAGGAACGGCAGCGGCAGCAGCAGCAGCAGUAGCAGCAGCUGACUGUUGCAGAAAGCCUGACAGCGGGACGGCUGCAGCAGGACCCGGACAACACUGUUGCGGACAGGACACGCGUCCGGUCCUGUCAUAAUCAGUUCAAUAGAAGCCUCUAGCAAACAGCGGCUCAGCGGAUACGUCGGACACACCCGAACACGCGCAGCAAGAGGCAACUUUAAUGUAUCCUUAGAAUUCCAGACAGCUCCAGCAGUGUAAUGCGCCUUGGGGGAAGUGGCAUACCAUACGACGGCGACCCCCUGACAAUGAGCGCAGCUGGCAACGAUUAUGCCGAACUAUGCGAUCUUGGACCCUCACGUUGGAGUGCACGAGCCUACGGAUACCAUGGCGGAGCAGCGUCGGGACUUGGCCUUGGCGGCCCCAGUGGCGGGGGCGGCGGUGGCAUCGGCGGACUGGCCGGGCUCAUUUCGGGCGCCACCCAAUCAUCAUCCAGCGUGCCGACUGGCGGCUCGCAAGGACUCAGUGCCCACCAUAUGCGGAGCAGUGCGGGUGCUCCUAGCAGCUACGAGGCCGAGGACAUCGGCUUGGCCUUCGGCAUGAUCAGUCCACCGCCCGGCAGCGGCGGCCCCUACGGGGGCUCGGGGGCAACGGGCAUGGGCGGCGGGUCGCGUGUGGGGAAUAGCACGAGCUCGCUGCGCGCCGGUGGCGGAGCUGUGGGCGGAGGCCGCUCGGGGCUCUACUACUCCCCGCCCGGCACCUCGUACACAAUCGUGGAGCGACCCCACUCGCCCCACUACUACUUCAACUCGGCGGGGGUGCCCACCAAGGGGGGCUCGCUGCCGGGACGCGGCUCCGCGUACCUCAGCUCCUCACCCGCCAGCCACAUGGCCGCCGGCACGGCGGGCACCCUGCCCACCUCGACGGCGGCCAGCGGGCGGUCGGCCAUGGGCAACGGCAACAAGAAGCGCCCCAUAUCGCCGGAGCAGGUGCUCCGCAUGUUCGGCGCCACCCAGUCGUCUUCAGUUCCUACGAGUAGCUAUCACUACAGCAAUGGCGGCACACGCGAUCGCACCGGACGACGCAGUCCGGCCAGCAGUCCGCCCUCGACGACGCAUCAGAUCUAUCGGGAUCGUGAGCGGGAAAGAGAUCGCAGUGUUCCGAACAUCCACGAACUAACGACGCGAACCGUUUCCAUGUCUCGGGAUCAGCAGAUCGAUCAUGGCUUCGGUAUCUGUGUCAAAGGAGGCAAAGACUCAGGCUUGGGCGUCUACAUCUCACGCAUCGAGGAGAAUUCGGUGGCCGAGCGCGCCGGACUGCGACCCGGUGAUACAAUCCUAGAGGUGAACGGCACCCCAUUCACCUCAAUCAAUCACGAGGAGGCGCUGAAGAGAUGUGUGCAGAUAUUGAAAUCGUCACGUCAAAUCAGUAUGACGGUGAGAGCCCCGCCCACGCUGAACUCGACGGCGCCGCUCCAUGGAUUCGGACCACCCUCCCGCGACCCCAUGUACGCGUCGAUGGCACCACCCCUGCAUCCACAGAAUCAAGCGGCGGCGGCCUCGGGACAGGGCCUGCCCUUCCGGCAGACCUGCUCCUGGAUGGAUCGGCACGGCAGGCCCGCCUCGCCGCCCAUGGAGUACGGGGGCCGACGGAGCGACCGGCGCGAUCGGAUACGUCGCGUGGAGCUGCUCAUAGAGCCGGGACAGUCCCUGGGCCUGAUGAUACGCGGCGGCGUGGAGUACGGCCUGGGGAUCUUUGUCACCGGCGUCGACAAGGACAGUGUGGCCGAUCGGUGUGGUCUGAUGAUCGGCGACGAGAUCCUCGAGGUCAACGGCCAAUCGUUUCUCGAUGUGACGCACGACGAGGCCGUUGGUCAGUUGAAAUACCACAAGCGCAUGUCGCUGGUGAUACGUGAUGUGGGCAAAGUGCCGCAUUCCUGUACCUCCAUCGAGAUGGAGCCCUGGGAUGCCUACAGUCCAACAGGCACAAGGGCACGCCGAAAAGGUCAGAUUGCGACCAUGGUGGAGGAGAAGGCCCGCUCUCUGCUGCCCCGUCAUCACUUUGCAAGCCUCUCCUACUAUAUUGCAGAGUAUAGUGGGAAAGCAAUGACCAUAGAUGCCUUUGUUGCCGUCUUACUAGAGAUGUUAGAUACGUACGAAAAGCACACGCUAGUGACGGAGAUCCGAGAACUUGUGUUCCCCGAGGAUCGCACGCGAUACGAUGAGCUCGUCUAUCGCCGGGAACGCGAUCCUUAUAGCGUGGACAGGCAUCGGCGUAAGGGAGACCCCGCCCGUGAUUUGCCGGUAACAGCUGACGAUUUGGAGAUUAUAGCCGCCACCGGACGUAGUCCCUCAUCGGACUCGGGACUGGGCAUGACCGUAACGGAUAUACACAAACGACCCGCAAUCCAGUUGCCAUAUCGGCCCAUGUCGGCGGGACCAAUACUGCAUCGCGCACAGCCAGCAUCACAUUAUCAGACAGCAAGUAACCAAUCUUCAUCAUCAUUAUCGCCACCACCACCACCCCAACAACAACAACAACAACAACAACAACAACAACAACAACAACAGCAACAACAACAGCAGCUAAAGCAUCAGAAACAGCAACAGCAUCAGCAUCAGCAACAGCAACAUUAUCCACCUCAUCAUGCCUCAUUGCGUCAUCUGGGUGGCAUCAACAUCAACAGCAUCAGCAGCGGCAACGUGGGAUCUGUGCCUGUGCGUCAUCAUCAUCCUCACGAACAGUUGGGACCAAAUCAGUUGCAAUUCAAGCAAACCAAAGACAAUCAGCAACAGGAAUACGGCUGUGAUGAGCAUAGAACUAGAGCUCGCCGUGGAAGCGAAACCCUAUUACCGGAAUACGAACAAGAUACGGAACAGGAGUUGGCCACAAAACUCUCAAGGAGUUUCGAUAUGAAGGAAGAAGGCGGCACAUUGCUGGGCGAUAAAGGUGUACGAAGGCAUCAGUCCAUGCAGCGUCUGUCCGCUGAGCAGAAUGGUGGUUCAACGACUGAACAAACACAUGAACACAAUCCAAACGUCGUACCUGAUCAUAGAGGCAACUUACACAUUACAGUUAAGAAAACCAAACCAAUUUUAGGUAUUGCUAUCGAAGGUGGUGCUAAUACAAAACACCCGCUCCCUAGGAUAAUCAAUAUCCAUGAAAACGGUGCAGCAUUUGAAGCGGGCGGCCUGGAGGUCGGGCAACUGAUACUGGAGGUAGAUGGAACAAAGGUUGAGGGUCUACAUCAUCAGGAGGUUGCUCGACUGAUAGCCGAGUGCUUUGCUAAUCGUGAAAAGGCUGAAAUAACCUUCUUAGUUGUCGAAGCAAAGAAAUCAAAUUUGGAACCGAAGCCAACAGCGUUGAUAUUUUUAGAAGCCUAACAUUUGCUUGCCCUGCCGGCCAGUGACCCAUUGGAACGACAAAAACUCGAGUUCCUCUACGAAUGGGGCAUCGAUUUAACGGAGACGCCAAAACCAAUGCCAACACCAAUACCGCUAACAAGAGCCAAAAAUCCACCGCCACUGCCUCAUGAGCUACACAACAACAUCAGCAGCAACAACAGCAACAGCCAGUACGGCAGUCAGACUGCGCUCAACAAUCAUCAGCAUCCCCAUCAGUAUCAUCCCAACACUCCUCCCACCACAAACAACACGCAAACGACUCAGACGACACAAACGACACAUACAACAAAGACUACACAAACCACACAGCCACCAACGGCAGCAACAGCUGCGGCCAAAACUCACCAACAACUGAACACCAACACACCAACGAAAGCUUCGCGUGAGGCAACACCAACACGGGAACAGCAGCGCGAGCAGCAGCGAGAGCAGCAGCGAGAGCUGCAGCGAGAACAGCAGCGAGAGCAGCAGCGAGAACAGCAGCGAGAGCAGCAGCAUGCAACGCCCACACGCGAGCAGAAGCAACACCAACAACGUCGACAGCUUCGCGAUCAGCGUGAACUGCGCGAGCAACGUGAGCGUGAAUACCAAGGACACGAACAACACCUCCACGAACACCGCCAUCGUGACCACCACGACCUACAGCAGCAGCAGCAGCACCACCACCACCCCCAUCAUUCCCAUCAGCAAUCAUCACAGCAGCAGCAGCAGCAACAGCAACAACAGCAGCAGCAGCAGCGCUACAGCAGCAGCAGCAACAGCUACAAAUCUCAUAAUAAUUCCGUUUACCAGUAAAAAAAAAGUCGAAACUGAAAAAUGCAAUUGGAGCAACAAGUUUUUGGGAACAUUCUUUCAAACUAAAGAACAGCAAUUCAACCAGUCAACAGUUUAAUUGUGCUAACUAAUUCCGACCCAAACAGAACAGAGUCUCUCCCCCCGCCCCUCAUGCACGCCUCCUACUACACUGAACAAAACGCGCUUGACAAGAGAUACAAAUUUGGUUACGUACAUGUGUAUACUUUUAUCCCCUGGAAAAUGCUGUAAACGUAUAUGUGGAAUAUAGAAUACAUUUUUAAUUGAAUGUUGUUGCAAUGAGCCUCUCACCCAGCCCCAGUCACAACACCAGUCCCACCUUCCCCAGCUAUUCCCAUAGAGAAUUUCCAUGUCGUGUUGUUUUGUUGUAGCUAAAGAGAUGCUCUAAAAAAAAAAUACAAAAAAUAUCCCGAAUGAAGACCAAAAUUUUGGGUUGAAAACUUUUGAGUAAAUCCAACCUUUGAAUAUUCCAUAUAAUUGUUUUUUAUAUUAUUUUAUUUUUUAUUUUAACAAAUAUCAAAAGUAAAAUUUCAACACUGCCAAAGAAAAAAGACAGAAAAAAAGAAAAAUCAAAUAUACAAAAAAAUACCGAUAAAAGCCCAGAGCAUCUCCCUUGCUUUCUCCACUCACUGCUAGCCUCCUACUUAAGUCCCCAAAACAAUUAUAUGGCCUGCCCCCACCCCCGAGGCAGCAAGUAGAAAUACAACAAAAAAAACCAACCGAUCCCCAAACUAGAUUAACCAGUCAAGAACCUAACCAGAACCGAGCAGAACAUAACCUAGAAAUCCUAAGACGAAACUCUCUCGAACCACGUACCACGUACCACGCGCUAGUCGAAAUGUGUAAAUCUGUGUAAACAUAUUAUUGUAUGAUUAUUAUUACUAUUGAUUAACAAUCGAGCAAAGUAGUUUAAAUGGUUAGACAUUACGGGCAUUAUGUUUAAACUGAUAAACUGGCAGAAAAGAGUUUAUUUCCACGAUAUUACUGUAGGAGAAGUUGUUCGAAGGGAAACCUACAGACAAAACAGAACAGCCCCCAGAAGAGAAUGCAACAGCAAAAUAUGGCAUACAUUAAGAAAACCAAGAGCUUACAAAUGUUAAAAAGAAAACCAAUAAUAAUAACAAUUAACGUAUCUAAAGAAUCCACUAAGCAGUAAGCAAAAAGAAGACGAUGCAGAGAAACAAAUUAGGAAAAGAAAAACAGCCGAAGACACUGUAAAUGUAAAAAGAAUAAGCCACAAAAAAGCUUUUGUUACACUCUCACGGACACCAGCAGACACACACACUGAACACACACAUAAGCACUAGUAUUCACACACACACUGAACACACAUACGCAUACGCAUGCAUAUUGCCAAAUUUUUUAUAGAAUUCAAGCAGCAAUAUAUAAUUCACAGCCACAAAACACUCAAGAACAAACAAAUAAGAGCCCACCUAAGCAAAAGAUAAUUUGUAAAAAUUAAAGAUAAUCUUAAAGCUAAAUCGCAAUUCAUGUAAAAAUUAACAAAAGUAAAUAUAUUCAAGACAAGAUACCCACAAGCAGAGGCCACGCCCAUAACCACACACACACACAAACACACACGAACACAGCACACUGACACCCACUCGAAAAACUUAGCCAGAGAAGCGCAUACAAAAAAAUUUUGAAAUUUAUCCAAAAUAUCAAACAAUAUUCCUGCAGUGUUGUAGAGUUGAUCAAAAAGAAUGGAUGAGAUUAAAGGAAACUUAUAAAGCAUCCAUACAUUCUGUGCCCCUCUUUGAGGGAUCAUCCGAUCGACUUGACAGCACUGCCGAGAUAUCCCUGUUAUUAGUACAACUUAAACUGCACACUGCACAAUUUUUGAAUGUUUGUUAAAUGUUAAAUCAACACCAGAAAAAACCAGCUGCAAAAUUGUAUUCCCCUUCACAAACUUAGUAAGAUUAUGUAUAUCCCUCACACCACACCACACCACACCCUUACUAACCAGCCCGAUCCCAAGCCAAUCCCCGAUUCCGGAUCACAACACCAGCCCCAAUCCCAGUCCCAACUCCAACCCCAACCCAGAGCCCCAAAAAAUGGUAAACGAAUUAUGAAACUACAAAGGGAAGGAGCUACGCUAUUCUACCACUAGGAGAGCUACCAAUAACAUUUACGCUGUAGAGAAAAACUAAAACGAACGCUUAGAAUUUGAGGUUGAUUGGCAUUAAGUAAAAGUUAAACGAUGUUGAAGCAUGAAGAGCCGGGCCGACAGGGCGCGAUCACGAGCAAAUAAAAAAUAAAAGAAUAAAAGAGUAAAAGAAUAAAAACCAAAUCUUAAAGAAGAACAAAACCAGGGCACGACCUAACAACUGAUUGUGCAACAACCAGAAACUUCAUAUAUAUUCUGUAAAAUAUUAGCAAAAACAAAACAAAACAAAACAAAAACCUUUUUAAUAGAAAACAAAGCUAUUUUUCGCUCUCUCUAUGGAUCGAUGAGCCGAUCUACCGGUGUACCGAUCCACCUAUGUAUAUCUGUCACUCACUCAAUCGUUCAAUCACUUGGUCAGUCAUCGUUUUGGCAAUUGAUUUGUUGUUGAUUUCGUUCGUUGUGUGUGAUAGUGUUUGGAUUCAAGUGAAACUUUUGCAUGUCUUACGUACGUAGAGCAACUUGUUCCACACCCAAGUCCAGGUCCAAGUCCAAGUCCCGCAACAACAGCUUAACUUUGUGUCUAGAGAUAUACUCGUACAAUAAACAUAUAUAGUUAUAGUAUGGCUUGUUUUCUCCAUUACGAAACUAACAGAAUCCAUUUCUCUGCUAAGCUCUCUCUCUCUCUCUCUUAUUAACUCUCUAUAUAUGUAUGUAUGUAUGUAUGUAUGUACGUGUCUGUAUGGAAAGCAAAAAAAAGCUAAACAAAGAAAAAAAUAAAACCACAGAAUAUUUAUUAAACAAAUUGAGAAAUUGAGAAAUUGAAUCGUUAACGAGAUAUUGUACUUGUACUUUUGUUGACUAUUAUGUAAUUAAACGCUUUACUGUAUAUUAGUUAUGUACAUUUUUAGCUACAUACAUGAAAACGAUGAAAAUGAUGAAAAUUCGAAACAAAAAACAAGCUUAUGCUGUUACUUAUUGUUAGUGAUUCUACCACAUAAAAGACAAACAAAAAUCUAAUUACAAAUACAAAUUACAAAUUGAAUUUUCCAAAAUUUAUAAACACACAAAACACUCAGUUUACGAUGUCCGAGCGGGGAAUGUAUGUAUGUAUCAGCGGAUUAACGGAUUAAUUACCCCUGACAUGCCGGACGGACGGACGCCUCUGUAUAUUGCGAUAGAUUCCGAAGACAAGGCUUACCUAACUUUGAAACUAUCAGAUAAAUAUCUAACUAACAUAAUAUAUACAUAAAAUACAUGCUAAACAUAACACAUACUAUACAUAUAUCGUAUUUAUAGAAUGCUAAACUAUAUCUAAAUUGUAAACGACAAUGAGAAGCAAUUUUAAGCAAAGCCACCAAAAAACAAUUUCAAUUUAUGUAAAAUUCAAAUACAAUUUCAAUUUCAACUUCAACACCCUCACACACACACACCCCCACACACACACACACAAUUACACACAAACACACACCGAUGAAGCAAACUAUAUACAACAGUAUAUGUAUAGUAGGUAAUUACUAUAUAGGAAUACUAUUACAAAACAACAACAAAAAGGCUAUCUAUAUGCUAUGCUUAUAAAAGGGUAAACGGCAUUUAAACUCAUUCAACCAACACCAAACAGAAACAGAAACAGAAAACCGGAAUCAGAAUCGAAAUCGGAAGUGGAAGAAGAAACGAAAGCUUAUAAAUACCAUGCGAAAACGUACUAUAAAUGUAUGUAUGUAAUAGAAAAAAGCCACAAACCACAAACAACCAUGUACCACUUAAAUAUCGUAAAAUAAAUAGCAAUAGCCGAUAGUUAAUAUGGAUUCUAGUCGAUAUGGAUAACUGUAUUACCGAUUAGCAGAGCCUCAGCCGAAGCAAACCAGUUGUAAAAUAAAGAUUGAGCUAGACUUUUAAUCAGAGAUAAUCCAACUUGUAGAUAUAUCGAUAAAUAUAUAUGUAUAUGUAAACGUAUAA